AAAAUGUUUUUUUACAAUUAUCGAUCAACUGAACCAGUUUGGUUCAGAUUUUUUCGAGAUUUUUUUGCUAUUAUUCUCACCGGGAUAAUCGUAUAUUAUUCAUUCAUUCAAUUUCUAAAAAUUGACACCAAGGCUUCUAUUGAUAUUAAAUUUGAAAGUAUUUAUGGACAUAGUCUUAACAUGAGUAUAUGUACCGGAAUUUCCAACGGGGUUAAUAAAGUUGAAUUUAACUCUGAAUCUUAUGGAGCAAAUCCGACGUUAACCAACGAAACAAUAAACCAUCAGAAUAUUAGCUUGAAUUAUUAUUCUUCUUAUUCUUCUUAUUCUUGGCUAAAUAUCACUACUAAUAUCAACAAUAAUAUUAGUGAAACUAUACCUCGCAAUUUUAGUGAUCCUUAUUGUAACCCUCAUACUAUUCCUAAUAAUUUAUUGUCUUUAAAUUUUGAAUCAUUACAAUAUUUUUCUAUUACCGACGAGUCUUAUCUAAUUUUCAAUACUGAUAAAUAUAAUGUCAACAGUAAUAAAAAUAAUAUUAUUAACAAUGAUGAUAAUUAUGACAUAGAAACAGCUCAUUUUUCACUUUACCUAGGAAGAGCUUAUUUUAUAUCUUACAAACCGAUUAUUGUUAGCAAUGAAGAUAUAAAAUAUAUAUUGGAAUUGAAUCCGCGAUUAGAACAACUACCCAUACAAUUAGAAUCCAAUGAAGUUCGUGUUAAAGUUUUACUGCUUUCAGAUCCGAGAAUUGCUAGAUUUGAAACAACGAGAAAAUAUGAUUACACAGACUUAAUAUCUAAACUUGGAGGUUUCUAUGGUGCUAUAGCCGGAAUCUUUUAUUUGUUUUUUGGAAUGCAAAGACAUAAACCAUGGGGUUUGGCGCAAAAAUAUCUUUUUUCUUGCACGCAAUGUAGAAAAAGUUUAAAAAAAUAUUUUGCAAAAAAAUAUGUUUCAUCUGCUGGUAUUCCAUUAGUUGAAAAGGUUAAUAAAAGGCCUGAAGGAUCUUCUUUAGAGGAAAGGGUUCAAAUUUUGGAAUCUUUAUUACAAGAUUAUUAUUUAGAUGAUUAUUAUUUAAAGAAAAUUAAAGAUGUUAGAACUAAACAUAAAAAACUCCUUAAAAAAUACGGUAGACAAGAUAAUGAAAAUACAGAAAAUACAGAACUUAAUGCUUCUUUAGUUUAA